AUGUUUUUUUCUCAUUUAUCUACACAAAUGUUAUUUUCUGUCAAUUCAUGAAAGGUCAAAAUUAUGUACUUUUCUUUCUCCACAGGUAAGCAGUAGGAUGGUGGCGGGGGAGGCAGGAGGGCAUAGAUACUUGGUGGUAUGUUGGCAGCCCAUUCUGAUCCUGAUGCUGGGCACCGUCCUUUCAGGCUCCACCACUGGCUGCCCUUCAAAAUGUGAUUGCAAUGCCCAGGAGCGUUCAGUUGUGUGCCACCGACGAAGACUGGCAGCUCUUCCUGAGGGCAUCCCCACUGAGACAAAACUGUUAGACCUCAGCAAAAAUCGUUUGAAGACUCUGGGGCCUGAAGAGUUCAUUAAUUACCCUCAACUUGAGGAGCUGCAACUAAACGAAAACACUAUUUCAUCCAUUGAGCCUGGAGCUUUUGGCAAUUUGAUGAACCUUCGAACUCUAGGGUUGCGCAACAACCAGUUGAAGCUUAUCCAACUAGGUGUCUUUACAGGCCUAACCAACCUCACACAGCUGGAUAUAAGUGAGAACAAAAUUGUCAUUUUACUUGAUUAUAUGUUCCAAGAGUUGUACAAUCUGAGAGCUUUAGAAGUUGGUGACAAUGACCUCGUUUUCAUUUCACCUAGAUCAUUUCAUGGUCUCAGCAACCUUGAAAGCCUCAAUAUAGAGGGAUACAAACUAGCUUCAGUUCCCACUGAUGCCCUUAGCCAUCUUCAUAACCUGUUGUCACUUCGAUUACACUAUCUGAAUGUCACUGUCAUAAGGGAUUACUCAUUUAAAAGGUUGUAUAGACUAAGAGCACUGGAAAUUUCUCAUAUGUCUGCCCUUGAAACUGUGACACCUAAAUGCUUGUUUGGACUCAACCUCACAUCAUUGUCCAUCACAAACUGUAAUCUUACUGUCAUCCCCUACGAAGCUAUCAGUCACCUCAGAUAUCUUCGUUUUUUAAAUCUAUCCUUCAACCCUAUUCAUACUGUGGAAGGUAACCAGUUAUUCAAUCUACAAAAGCUUCAGGCUUUUCAUUUAGCUGGUGGGAGAUUGGUGUCCAUUGAGCAUUACUCUUUCAGAGGGCUCAACCAUCUUCGUGUUCUUAAUGUGUCAAGCAAUAGCUUGAGCACUCUUGAGGAAUCGGUCUUUCACUCAGUGGGAAAUCUGGAGACACUGGCAUUGUUCGACAACCCCUUGGCCUGUGACUGCCGUUUACUGUGGGUCUUCCGUCGGCGAUGGAGGCUCAAUUUUAACAAACAACAGCCUGUUUGUGCUUCGCCUGAGGAUGUACUAGGAAAAGAGUUCAAAGAUUUUCCAGACAUACUCCCUCCUGACUACUUCACCUGCCAGAAAUCAAAGAUUGUGGAUUACAAGGUACAAGAAAGCCAUGUAGAUGAAGGAACUACAGUUUACUUUUCCUGCCAGGCAGAAGGUAAUCCAGCUCCAGUGAUAAUGUGGUUUUCCCCGAAGAAGGAAUACAUAACUACAAAGACUAUGGGGUCAAGACUUUCUGUGUCUGCUGAUGGUACUCUGGAAGUGCGCUAUGCCCAAAUCCAAGACAAUGGAACCUAUGUGUGCAUUGCCAGUAAUGCAGCAGGCAAUGACACUAAAUCUGCUCACCUUUUUGUGCAUAGCUACUCUCCCAAUUGGCCCCAUCAGCCAAACAAGACAUUUGCUUUCAUUUCCAACCAGCCAAGUGAUGAUGGUGCAAAUGUGACUCGGGCAACCGUUCCAUUUCCGUUUGAUGUAAAAACACUUGUUGUUGCAACCACCAUGGGAUUUAUCUCUUUUCUUGGAGUGGUUCUCUUUUGUCUUGUAAUAUUAUUCCUCUGGAGUAGAGGGAAAGACAAUACCAAGACAAGUAUUGAGGUUGAAUAUGUGCCACGUAAAGAAGAAACAGAGGAGGCCAGCCCAACUGAAGCACCUGUACAAUUCAACAUGAAAAUCAUGUGAACCCCAAAAGGAGCGUAUGUAAAAUUACAAACUGCAAUGUCUAAAACCGUGUAAUCAGUUUUUGAGUGAUAGCACAGCAGCAAGUGCAUUUUUAAACUAUACCCUUGACAAUUUUUUU